AUGUUGGACAACUUUGCUAUCCUCUUUACUAAUAUGGGCUCUACUUUGCGUUAUACGACUGAUAUGUACAACACCUUACGGAGUUCAAUCCUUGAUACUGCCGCUAUAUAUAAAAAGUUAUUGGGUUCCGUCGAACAAUUUAACACAGCGGGAUACACAACUUCGAGCAACUUAACACAUGAAGGUCCACGGUCUCCUGAAGCAACACACUCUAAAGUAACAGCGAGUGCUUGUUCUAGUAAUCAAGAUCAACAUAGAAAUGAUGUUGGUAACAAAACGCCGAAAAACAACAAGUUGUACCGGUUCAUUCUACCACCGGAAUAUGAUGCUUAUGAUACAAGAUGGACAUUGAAGUAUCGAACAAAUCUGCCAGGACUCGCAGAACUUAUGCCCCAAAGUGGUGUUUACGUCAGCUACGGAGACCUCAAAUACUGUCAGCUAGUAUCGAAAGAUUGCAAAUCAUUAGCUCGUAGAUUAUUACCAUCAGUCUUCAACAGAAAAGCACUGAGUGUUUGUUCAUCAAUGAGUGAGAAAGCGCAGGCUUUUAAUAACGUCGACUCUACUAUAAGGCCAGAUUUAGAUGAUCAUGCGUGUUCGGUACUGUUAACUUUAGUUUUAGAGCAUGGACUCCAACGUGGUUGGAAUACUGAUCUAGAACCUAUCCUCAGAACCUUACACAGUAAGAUGCAAAAGAUUCGGUUCAAAUAUGGUGUAAUGGUUGAAUGUUAA